AUGGCGACGACGACGUCCAUGCUGCCGCUGCUGAACGUGAGCUCGGGCGUCAAGGCGGCCAUGGCCGAGGGCAGCGAGGUGCGCCGCGAGCCCAGCGGCUGGGUCGCGGAGCUCGCGCGGGCCCUGCGCGACGCGCGCGACCUCACGGACAGCGACGAGUCGACGCCCGAGGCGUCGAGCGACAGCGACAGCGACGUCGAGGACCGGCGCGAGGAGCGGCGGCGCGAGAGCCGGAGCCCGCGCAUCGCCGUCGUCGCGGCGAUCCUCGGCGACCGGUGCCCGGGCCUCGUCGUCGGCGACGCGACGCCCGCCGUCGCCGCGGAGACGCUCGUCGAGUGCGGCGCCGAGGUCAAGGUCUACGGCCCCGGCCAGCUCACGCAGCCGCCCUGCCCGCCCCAGCGGCCGCCCGCGGACCCGUCGCCGGCGGCGGGCCCCCGCGGCCGCCGCCGCGCGUCGCUCGCGGGCCCGGCGCCGGCGGGCGGCGACGAGUGGGGCACGGGCGCCGGCGCGCGGCGCUACGUCCACCGCAAGUCCCAGAUCCAGGCCGAGGGCCUCGGCGCGGCGCAGCUCGCCGCGCGGCUCGAGGGCCUGCAAGCGGCGGACCCGAACCCGAAGAAGAAGCGCUUCAGCCUCGCGCAGAACACGAUCUACCACGACCCCAUCCACGACGCCUGGCACUGCUACGUCCUCGAGGGCAACGUGACGACCUUCCGCGCGGAGUCCGGCGGCGCCGCGGUCCGUCUGGACGCGACGGCGUUCAGCGCGGGCCCGCGCGAGACCUACAACGAGGAGGUCAUGGACCCGGGCACGGUGACGGCCGUGCUCCGCUUCAAGCGCAGCGCGCUCGACAAGAAGGAGGUCGAGUCGGCGAACCACUCGCGGGAGACGUUGGCGUUCGUGCGCCGCGUCGUCGACCUGCCGCCGUUCCGGUCCUGGGGCGACGACAAGAUCGUGAAGCUCAUGCGCCACGCGCGGCUCAAGCGCGCGGCGUGCCGCGAGGUGCUCAAGCGCCACGGCGACCCGGCGGAGAUCGUCAUCGUCGCGCGCGGCGCCGUCCGCGUGAGCCUGCCGCUGGUCGACGCCGCGGGCGCCGCGUCCAAGGUCGACGUCGCGUCGCUCCGCGCCGUGGACGUGCUGGGCCUCGUGGAGAUGCUCCGCGACCAGUUCACGAUGCGCUGCACCGUCGUCGCCACGGCGGACGUCGACUACGUCGUCUGCCCGAUCCGGCGCUUCUCCGCGCUCGUCGACGGCGACGCGUCGCUCGACAUGCUCCAGCGCCUCGCGCGGCGCCGCGCGACGUGGGAGGCCUUCGUGCUCAAGCAGGGCGUCGCCGCCUGCCUCUGGAACGACGCCGAGGGCAUGGCGCGGUACCAGAUCGGCCGCGACGACGGCGGCGGCGGCGACGGCGACGACGACGCGGCGCCCGCGCGCCGCCGCCGCGCGUCGCGCGCGGCCGCGGCGCCGCCGGGCGGCGCGCCGCCGCGGCGGCCCUCGGCGCUGCCGGCGCUGGACCGGCGGCCGAGCGGGCCCAGCGGCGAGUCGUCGCUCGCCGGGUCGCGGCGGCCGAGCGCCGGCGACCGCGGGUCGUCCUUCGACGGCGCGCCGCCGCCGAAGCAGCGGUCCCGGUCGCUCGACGCGGGCCCGCGGCGCCGCGCGCCGCCGCCGCUCGACCCGGCCGCGCCGCUCGCGCGCGCGCGCCGGAAGACGGACGCGCCGGCGGCGGGCGGGCCCCGCAAGGCGCCGGACCGCGGCGCGACGUUCGACGCUGUGUUAGACGCCGCGCUCCUCGGCCGGCUCCGGUGCGCGCCCGCCGCCGACGGCGCCGCGCGGCCGCCGCGCGCGCCCGCCGCGCCGCGCCCGCCACCGCCGCUCGCGCCCGGUAGCCCGGCCCGGGGCGGCCCCCUGCGCACGCCGCCGCCGCGGCGCCCCGCGCCGGGCGCGCCGCUCGCGCCGCCGGACGGCGCCGCCGCCGCGGAGCCCAGGACGCUCCCGCGCGUCGCCGCGCCGCCGCGCAAGCUCCGCGCCGCGACGCUGCGCCGCCUCUCCGUCGCCUCCGACGCCCUCGACGCCGCCCUCCUCGGCGCCGACGCCGGCCCGGCGGCGAAGCGGAAGGAGGACGAGCUCCUCCCGCCCAUCCGCGCGUCCGCGAAGCGGCACCAGCGGCGCUCCCUCUCCGAGCCGCCGUCGUAAAGGGGCGCGUAUCCU